AUGACAGGAUCAUCACCACCUCUGUCAUGCCAGCAGGUGGACAACACUCUGCAUAUUCCUGCACUGUCCUGUCGAGGCGGUUUUGACUUCUCUUUGCUUUUUGAGGAGCUCAUCCUGGGGAUCCUGCCGUUGGGGAUCGUGCUGAUCAUCGCUCCGUUUCGACUUUAUCAUUUGUUCUGGAGACAAGCAAAAGUUGUAGCCUCAUGGCUCUUAUGGGCUAAGAUUACUGCGUGGCUUGCCUUAGGCAUUGUUCAACUGGUCCUCGCAGUCUAUUGGGCGCGUCCAGCUGCGACCAGAACCCAGGCUUCAAUUGCAGCAAACGCCAUUAUAACUGUUGGCUUUUUUAUUCUAUGUCUUCUGUCUUGUGCUGAACAUCUACGGUCAACCACACCAUCCUUCCUUCUAAACAUCUACCUUCUUUUCACUUUGCUCUUUGACAUAGCAAAGACAAGAACACUAUGGCUGCGCAGCAGUGGCCAAACAGACGAAACAAUUGCCAUCCUAACCUCGGUCACAGUUGGAAUCAAGUUUCUUCUUCUCAUCCUUGAGGCUGUGGAAAAGAGGCACAUUCUCAGAAAGGGGCAGUCGGGGUAUCCUCCCGAAGCUACAGCAGGUAUCUUCAAUCGCUCGUUCUUCUUAUGGCUGAAUCCGUUGUUUCGAUCGGGAUUCUCCAAGAUCCUCGACGUCGAAGAUCUUUUCGACCUCGAUAAGCAUCUAAGCUCCAGACGACUGUACAGCACCUUGGAGACUCUCUGGGACAAAGUCCCCAAAAAAAAUCCAAAUACGUUGCUGUUCAUCUCCUUAAAAGCAUUCAAAUGGCCUCUUCUCUCAGCUGUGCCUCCAAGAGCAUGCCUGGCCGCAUUAAAUUUCUGUCAGCCAUUGCUGCUACACCGAUCCCUAGCCUUCGCCACGGAACCGGUGAACAAUCACACAAACAGCAUCGGAUAUGGUUUGAUAGGUGCCUACAUACUCGUUUACAUUGGAAUGGGGGUUACGAUGGGCCAGUACCAGCAUAUGACAUAUCGCACCAUUACCAUGGUCAGAGGAGGUGUCGUCUCGAUGAUCUAUAACAAAGCAAGCAGGCUUGGCAUCAAAGAUGCCGAUCCCGCUGCAUCCCUCACCUUGAUGAGUGCGGAUAUUGAAAGGAUCGUUCAGGGCUGGCAAACAAUCCAUGAUAUCUGGGGUAAUGCUGCUGAAAUAGCCCUGGCAAUUUACCUGCUUGAGAGGGAGCUGGGUGUCGCUUGUGUGGUUCCUGUAGGAGUUGCUCUAGUGGCUCUUAUCGGAUGCCUUAUCACACUGUCUUUUGUGGUGGCUAGGCAGGCAGUGUGGCUUGAAGCUAUUGAAAGGCGUAUUUCGUCCACCGCUUCAAUGCUUAGCUCAAUGAAGGGAAUCAAGAUGCUGGGUCUCAAGUCUGCCAUUAUGAAAAGCCUGCACGGGCUGCGGCUGGAGGAACUAGAGAUUUCGAAGAAAUUUCGGAGACUCUUAGUCUGGAAUAUGGCUCUCGGUUGGACCACUCGCAUCUUCGCUCCUAUCUUCGCACUCGGAGCUUUCUAUGGCAUAAUGCAUAGCAGAGGGAAGGACUCUGCGUUUGAUAUGUCUACAGCUUAUACAUCCUUGUCACUCUUUGCACUACUAGCAGAUCCACUGCUUUCUCUUGUCAUGGCUCUAAUGACGUUCGUUGGCUCUAUUGGUUCUUUCAGCCGUAUUCAAGAAUUCCUCGAGAAAGACGACCACGUUGAUUGCCGGCUUAAGCCGUUACACGCUUCCUAUGAGAGCUUUGAGCCAAAAGCUAUGGUUCUUGUGGAUGAUUCUGACGCCACUGAAACUGCUUCGGAUCGGUCGAUCCAUCGUGGGAAAUCUGUGUAUCACGAUGCGCUGACAGUAAAGAAUGCAACGUUCGCCUGGAAUGUCGAGAAAGAGCCUGUACUAAAGGGUUUAACAAUCUCAAUAGCGCGGGGAAGCUUCACUAUGAUUGUUGGGCCCUCCGGCUGCGGCAAGUCAACAUUGCUGAAGGCUAUUCUCGGCGAGGUGCCAUGUGUGAAUGGGGAGAUAAGGCUCUCGUCCGACAGCAUUGCAUUUUGCGACCAGAUUCCGUGGCAUAUGAACGCAACCAUUCGGGAGAGUAUCGUUGCCAUGUCAAGCUUUGACAAAGAGUGGUAUGCAAGUGUUGUACACGCUUGCGGUCUUGUCCAAGACUUUGAACAGUUACCACGAGGGGACGAAACAGUGAUUGGCAGCAAGGGAAUUGCUCUGAGUGGAGGCCAAAGCCAGCGAAUUGCCCUUGCAAGAGCUGUGUACGCUAGAAAAGAUAUUGUCAUCCUCGACGAUGCGUUCAGCGGCUUGGAUGCAGCAACAGAGGACUACGUCUUCCACAGUCUCGUUGGCAUCCAUGGCUUGCUACGCAAAAUUAACUCAACAAUCAUAGUUGCUUCAUCGUCAGCCAAAAGACUACCUUAUGCCGAUCAGAUUGUGGUGCUGGACAAAAUGGGCUAUGCUUCAGAGCAAGGAAGUCUCAAGGCACUCAAUGCUGCUGGAGGUUAUGUCUCAAGCUUCGGGUUGGGCUCGCCUGAAUGGAAGUCCGAAAUCGACAAGCCUUCUGUAACCGACCUUGCUCAACCCAAAAUUUUGCGACCCAACAGGACAGAGGCAAUUAAAGAAGACCCGCGAAGGCAGAGCGGCGAUUUGUCGAUCUACUUGUACUACAUUCGAUCAAUUGGCUGGCUGCCAACGCGUCUCGUGCUAACCGACAUGACAGGUAUCUGGGUGAAAUGGUGGGCAAUCUCAAACGAGGAAGACCCAAAUGGCCGUACUGGAUAUUAUCUCGGAAUUUACGCAAUGCUCGGUGCUGUUGGCAUGCUUUCUCUGAUCAUCGGCUGCUGGGAGAUGGUGAUAAACAUGGUACCCAAAUCUGGUGAAAGCUUUCAUAGAAAGUUGCUAGCAACAGUUCUAAACGCUCCCAUGUCGUUCUUUGCGGCAACGGAUAGCGGCUCUAUACUCAAUCGGUUUAGCCAGGACUUGCAGCUCAUUGACAUGGAGCUCCCAGUUGCAGCCAUCAACACGUUUGCCACUUUGAUUCUCUGUCUCGCCCAGAUGAUCCUCAUGGGUAUUGCUUCCAGAUAUGCCGCUAUCUCAUUUCCAUUGGUGAUUCUUGCCGUAUACUCAAUCCAGAAGGUAUACCUUCGAACUUCACGGCAGCUGCGAUUCUUAGACCUUGAAGCCAAGGCACCUUUAUACUCUCAUUUCAGCGACUGCCUCAACGGCCUGGUGACUUUGAGAGCUUUCGGUUGGCAGCCAGCGCUGGAGGACAAGAAUUUUCAGCUGCUUGACUAUUCGCAAAGACCAUUCUAUCUCUUGUACGCUAUACAGCGUUGGCUGACCCUGACGCUGGACAUGGUCGUGGCGGCAAUUGCUGUCAUACUGAUUGUUCUCGUGGUAACAUUGAGGGGGACGAUCAGCGCAGGUGACGUUGGCGUGGCAUUGUUGAACGUGAUAUUGUUCAGCCAAAGCAUCAAACUGCUUGUGACCUUCUGGACAAACCUUGAGACCCAUAUUGGCUCCAUCGUGCGAAUCCGCUCUUUCACAGAGACCGUCAGCUCAGAGAACCUGCCAACUGAGAAGGACGACGUGCCUCCCAACUGGCCUUGGGGAGGGGACAUCGAAUUCAAAUCAGUAUCUGCAGAGUACAGACCUUCAGAGCCAGUCCUGGGCGAUGUGUCUUUGACAAUCAAAUCAGGAGAGAAAGUCGGAAUAUGCGGGAGGACAGGCAGCGGCAAAACCUCACUGAUCAUGAGUCUCUUCCGAAUGGUCGAGCUCAGCUCGGGAAGUAUUCAUAUCGAUGGCGUCGACAUCACCAAGAUUCCCCGUCAAGAGAUCCGCUCACGCAUCAACGGCGUUUCUCAAAGCCCGCUCCUGAUCAAAGGCAGCAUCAGACGCAACAUGGACCCCAAUGGUUCCUACGCCGAGAAAGCCAUAAUCGAAGCCAUAAAGUCUGUAGGGCUCUAUACCAAGAUCCAAGAGAAAGGCGGACUAGACACCGACAUCAGCGAGGUCUUCCUCUCGCAAGGCCAACAACAGCUCUUUUGUCUCGCGCGAGCUAUCCUCCGGCCGGGGAAGGUCCUCGUCCUAGACGAAGCUACAAGCAACGUCGACGCAAAGACAGACGAAAUCAUGCAAAGAGUUAUCAGAGAGAAAUUCUGCACGCACACCAUUCUCGCCGUCGCCCACAAACUCGAGACAAUCCUCGACUACGACAAGGUCGUUGUCCUUGACGCGGGCCGCGUCGUGGAAUCCGGGGAUCCAUGUACCCUUCUCUCGACGGAGGGCUCCUACUUCAGCAGACUAUAUGCGAGCUCGAUGGCGUUGGCGGAGGAGCAGUAA